AUGUAUGUGAAAUGGUUUGAUACAGUAAUUUUUUACUAUGUUAUUUUAGUGAAUUUAGUGAAUGUCACUUUUUGUCAUUUUCAAAUUUCCCGCUGUUCCGUCCCCGUACAUCCCAACGUCGCAGGGGACGGAACCCAGAAGACAGAUGAAAGCAUCCGCUGGAGGACAUUACAGGGGACACUGCAGGAGGGACAUUGUGGGAGCGCAGGACAAGGUAAGAGAAGAACAGAUCCCGGAGCAGUGCCGCAUGGUAAGCCCAAGUAUAGCUCGGGGUUACCGCUUGUGCUACACUCGGGAAUACCGCCAGGGAGGCUACGC